GAGGAGGGAGGGGCCGGGCGGGGCCAUCUGUGCUGCAACUCCCUGGGCUGGAUUUGCUUACAGGUAGACUCCUGGUCUGGAGCUGCCGAGCAAAUAGGGGGUGGGGGAGCUGUCCCGCCCCGCCCUUGGGGACACACCCCCCACAUACAGACUGGCACACAUUGGCCCCCUGCCAGGUGGAGCCCGCCCUGGCUCUGCUCUGCGCCCCUCCUCCCCUCCCGUCAGCCUACAGUCCAUAGAUCCAUGCACCCCUCCCCGUCCACCUAGCCUCCGGGUCUUUACGGUCCUCUCCGCCCCCUUCAAUCCGGGCCUGGAAACCCCGCCUGCCCUCCUUUUCCUUGGGUUCGGCUCCUUGGAAUCGCUGCAGGACCCGCCCAGCCCUUGGUCACGGUUCCGGCCACGGUCACGGUCACGCAUGGAGGGAGCCCGGUGGCAGUAGCCAGCUCGGGAGGCUCCCAGAGCAAGGGUGCUGUGAAGGCCUCGAGCUUCUGACGCCGGCCUACCCGGCUUCUUUGGCGUAGUGCAGAGCGGUUCUGGGGACCUUGCUGCUAACUGUACUCUCGCCACCUGCCUGAAGGGACCCAGCGCUCACUCUACCAAUCAGACCUUUCUGAAGCACCCUGGAGGGUGCCCUGCAGGCACCGGAAUAUCUGAAGCGCCCAGCGACAUUUCAGAAUUUCCGUGGAGCUGGGAAGGAGCUGAUGAAACCUGGUGCAACCGUGUGGUCUCCGUGUUUGCUGGGGUCCCUCUGAAGCCGCAUUCCUCAAAUAACUUCACUUUGGGAAGGAAGAAGAGGUCUGUGGUGACUGGGAGCCCUUCUGAGGUGAGGGAGGGACGUCCGAGGGAAGCUUCUCUCCUUUAUUCGCUCUCCCCCGGAGCCACCGGGCUAGAGCGUGGGCACAAUCUGGGGCUACUUCUCCGAGAGCGGAGGAAGGGAGCCAGUGAGUACGGAGCCCCGUGACUUGGAGGAAAAGCCACGACCCCUGGCAGUGGGCGAGAGGCGGAGCAUGCCAGGCGGGCCACCUCUGAGCUCUAGGCUCCUUCUUCGACGGGGCGAUCACGUCUGAAUUGGAGGCUGGAGAUGGCCUCCAGGGAGUUCACACGAAAGGAAUGGUUUGGGGGCUGAGAUUCCCUCCCAUUCUCUAGCCAGUACGGCUUGACAACUCGUGUUCCACGGGUCAAUCCUCCUGGUCUUCCUUUGUAUCCCCAGCCAUCACCCAGUGCCCGGCACAUGGUAGGCACUUAGUACAAGUUUGCUGAUUAGGAGUCCUUGUAGCCCCCGAUGGACAUGCCCAAGGCUCCCCCGAGUCCCAGAGAGAAAACUCUCCCACUCGGUUACGUUGGACUUCUUGGCUGUGUGGGCAGCUGAAGCCGGACAUAUGUCUGUGUGGUGACUGGUUGGGUUUCUUAACUGACAAGCCCUGAUUGGCAGCACUGUCGAGUUCUCAGUGCUCACAUGGAACCUUUAACCCUGGGCCUGAGAGACAAAGCCUGGAGCCCCUCUUCUGGUGGCCCGUGAAGCCCUUCUCUGCUGCCAUCCCUCUCCUCCAGGAUGGAGCCACAGGCUGCUGCCCAGCUCGAAAGACAGCACGUGCACAAAGUCUAUGAAAACACAGCAAGCUACUUCAGUGACCUGCAAGGCAAAGCCUGGCCCCGCGUGUGCCAGUUCCUGCUGGAGCAGAAACCAGGCAGCCUCGUGGCAGACAUAGGUUGUGGGACUGGGAAGUACCUCCGGGUCAAUAGCCAGGUGUACAAGCUGGGCUGUGACUACUGCGGGCCCCUGGUGGACAUCGCCCACAGCCGGGGCUGUGAGGUCCUGGUGUGUGACAACCUUCGCUUGCCCUUCCGAGACCACAGCUUUGACGCAGUCAUCUCCAUCGGUGUCAUCCACCACUUUUCAACAAUACAAAGGAGGACUCGAGCCGUCCAGGAAAUGGCCCGGGUGCUAGCCCCAGGAGGUCGUGUCAUGAUCUACGUCUGGGCCAUGGAGAAGAACCACCGGCACUUUGACAAGCAGGAUGUGUUCAUUCCAUGGAACCAUGCCCUGUGUUCCCAGCUCCUAGCAGAACCAUCUCCAUCAGGAUGGAAGCCUGCAGCUACCUUGGAGGGGCCUAACCACCACCCAGCCUGCUCUGUCUGUGGCUCUCCUGUGUGCCUUCAGAAGAGACAGGCGUCCCGGAGGGCCCACAGCCUGGACGGCUCUGGGACUCCCAGCUGCUGCAGGAAAAUGGUGGAGGUCAGGGAGGAAGACAGUGGCUUCUAUAGCAUUUUAGGGCGGUCAUUCCGCUCCUGGUUUUUCUCCCGCUCUUUAGAUGAAUGCACUCUGAAGAAACAGGUGGAGAAGACUGGGCAUGCCACAGAGGAGUGGACUCCAUGCCACCCUGUGUCUAUCCAGCCUUCAAAACUCUGUCAUGUAGGCCCUGAUGAUCAAGAGCCAUUGACAAAAGAACAAGAUGGCACCACCAACCCCAGGCUCAUACAAACCACAGAGUGGCAGUCGGUCCCAGGUGAGUCAAGCCCCCUCCCCAGAAAGCCUAACAAAGACAUUGAGACCCAGCAGCAAGCGAGCUGCUUACUCAGGGAACCUAUGGUGGGGCAGAACUACAGGUCAGCCUGCCCCACAGAGAUGGAUAAGCCAACUGCCAACCAGCUCUGGAGAAGGACCUUCCUUCAGCCUCCCUCCAUCAGCCUGGCAUCCACCAUGCCCACAGGGGCGUCCCAGGCAGAGACCUUGGGCUCUGAAGCUUUCACCCGUUACUACCAUGUGUUUCGAGAAGGGGAACUCUGCCAUAUGCUGGAGAAACAUGUACCAGAGCUUCAUAUCUUAAGUUCCAUCAAUGACCACGGUAACUGGUGUGUUAUUGCAGAGAAAAAGCCAGGGCUGAUGGCCAGCUGAACUAGCCAUCUUAGAAAACUAUCUGGGUGAACAAGUGAACAAGCCUGGUGCCUGCCCUUGGCCCCCCAUUUCACUUUGGUGGCUAAGUAAGGCCAGCAAUCUGAUGAAGGGUCACAAGAGACCUUUUGGGGGGCCAGGGCCUGUGACAUAGGGAAAAUCUCUAAAAGAAGAGGCCUCCACCUUUGUGCUGAGUUUAGUGGCUCAUUUCUGUUCCCUUCACUCACAAUCAGCAUCUCUUUUUUUUUUUUAAUCAGAAUUUCCACCUUGGAUGGGUCCACCUUGAGUCCUUUUACUAACCCUCCUGCAGAGAUGGGCCUUGGCCCUGGCCAGGGGUGAGCCAAAGAAAAUGGAGAGAGGAUGGAAGUGGAGGUGGCUCAUCUCCCACCAAGGAUCUGGGGAGGGGGAGGCCCCUUAUCCUAUGAGGUAUCCAGAGACACUGGUAGGAUCUAGAAAGGGCAGCAGGACAACAGGACCAGUUCUCUGUCCCAGAAUUAACUCUCCUUUGGAAUCUUUAGUCCUUGGUAGUUAGACCCACUGCCUAGUAUUACGAUGGAUUUUUUAAAAGAAAGCAUGAGGCAUUUGUGCUUUUUUAUUGUUAUUAUUUUUAUUUUUUAACCCCAUUUUUAUUUCCAAAUCUCUCCCUUGUAGCAAAGAAUUUUUUAAAAAGAGGGAAAAAAGAAAUCCAAUAACUGACAACACAUCAACUGAGUCUGGAAAUAUGAAGUGUUCCUCACCCAUAUGCCCCCACCUCUCUGGAGAGGGAAGGAGGGAAGUGCAUUUUCUCAUCUCCUGGCUUGGUUGUUCUAAUUCCAAGGGUUCUGUUUGGGGUUUGGCUUUCGCCAUUUCCAUGUUCAAAGGCAUUGGGGAAAGGAGGAGCUCUUUUUGUGAUCCUGAUAGCCAUCUCCCUUUCUCCCACAUCUCCACCCUGGGCUUUCAUCAGGGACACAAUCUGGCGGUUUUGUUUUCUUUCCACUCCACUCCCAAGGACACCUGCCCCAUAGGCAGCUAGCUGUUCCCUUCUCAUGUCUAUAAUGAGAAUGUAGAGGGACUUGAGGUGAGAAAACAGCCUGGGGUCCUUCUCUGGUUGGUGGAUUACCACUGCCAUUGGGUGGUCAUAGAGCUGGACUCAUUGCACAGAGAUCUGGGCACUGGGCAUUCAGACUUUGGCACUCUUCUGUCCUGCCGCCUUGGCUCAACCAGAGACCAUGGGGGGAUUUCUGUUCUCAGCUCAAGAACUCCUCCAGGUUCCUGCUAUCCUAUUUGAUGAGUUCCUCUUGGGAAGCUCCACUCUCUCUCCACAAGCUCCAAUCAUGCUCUCUUCACUCCCCACACAUUGUCUUGCCAGCCCCGUGGCCUCUGCUGUGUCCUGUGUGAUUCCUUUGCCCCUUCAAGUUCUGGAACCUUAAUUGAAUUAGCCCUGCCAUCUGUGGGCUCUGCUUUAUGACUCUACUCACCCUCUCUGAGAUUUAGCCAACAAAAAUACUACUCUGUGGCCAUGAGUCAUCUCCUCUAAGACUGUAAGCUCUCUGAGGGCAGAAACUAUCUUUGUUUUGUAUUUGUGUCCCCAGUGCUUGGCCCAGAGACAGUGCCUAAUAAAUGAGGCUUCAUUUAUUCACUCCCAGGGUUAGGGUUUCAAGGAUGCUCAAUUGCCUAUCAUCUGGAUUUGUCUGAUGUUGAGGCGAUGCUGAAGGGCCACCUCUUUCUAUCUUGAUGGCAGGAAUGUUGUCAACACAUUUGCUCAUUUUAUUAAAGAACAAGAAGUUGUAUCUUGGAAUAAAGCUGUGAAUAGGUUGAACAGAAGCAGACGGAAAUAGUUUCUGCACCAGUGGGGCCUCAGAAGUUCCCUUUUUGGGGAAAAAGUCACCCCCAAGAAUAGCCACCCUGGCCCACUGGAAUGCUCAGAGCCCUUAUUUGUGAGGCCACUGUCACUGGAUAGAAGAGUAUGUAUUGGGGAAGGAGAUAUAAGAAGGGUGGAGGAAGGUUAUAAAGGGCUUGAAAAGCCAGAGGACUUUAUAUUUGACCCUGGAGGAUCUUCAGGAUAAACACCCCCAUUUCUCUCAUCAAAGCCUUAUCUUCCAUCUUCUCUCCAUCCUGGCCAUCUCCCUCUCUAUGCUCUCCAGCCUCUCUGUAGUUCAAAGGGUCUGUAGCUCAGACCUAAACAUGAGAUUGCAGGGGUGGUGGGAACAGAGAUGGAUGGAUCAGAAGCUACCACCCUCUUGGUCCUGAACGGGAACCCUUUGUUAGUGCAACCAAAGGUCAAAGAUAGCUUUCUGGGGCCACUGUACAAAAUUAUGGGUGCCGACCACCAUCCAGCUCAUGCCUGACUCACUCGCUUUCUUUUCUUUUGAGAACACAGUCACUAGACUGGUGGGCCAAUGUAGACCACAGAUAGUUUUUUAUGGUUUUAGAAAAGGAUCAGACAGAGUUCCUUAUGCUAUCUGUAUAGCCAAGUUGGAGAGAUGUGCUAGAAAGAGAAAAAUGAGGUGAAUUUGGAUGCUUGGAUGACUACACCUAAAGAAGAGGCAACUGAUGUGACCUUUGAAGGAGACCUCCAGCAAUGGGAGGGUCCUUGGUCCUGUGGAGUCUGCCAUUUUUAUCAGGGGCUUCCAUACUGAUGGAGAUGACCUACUCAUCACACUUGUACCUGACAUACCUGGAAGAAUAGACAGCAUACUGAAUGGAGGGUCAAGAUGUGGGUGGCUAGAACUCUGGGCUAAAUCUAAUGUUAUGAAAUUUAAUAGAGGGUAAAAAUACAUUCUAAAAAGUGGGCUAAAAACAUUGGCUUCAUAAGUACAACUGGGCAGCAGUUCACUUGAAAAAAGAUCCAUAAUUUUCAGAGGGCUAAAAGCUCAAUAUGGUUAAACAGUUUGUUAUUGGAGGUCGGUUAUACUAUCUCAAUUUUCCCUUUUGGAAAAAGAAGUCUGAAUAAUGAAAAAUGGACCAGAUGCCCUCUAGGGUCCCUUCCAGGAGUCCAUGAGCCAAUAAUUCUAGUCUGCUGCUCCUUCAGAAAUAAACUGAGAUCCAGAAAUGGAAACUGAUCUACCCUAGGUUUGAACCUGCAACCUUUGACUGGGUAGUAGUGUGAAUAAUUCAUUACGCAUUUUUAGGAGAGGUGGGAUAGAGCAUGUAAUUCAAGAUCACAGACUAAUAAGCCAAAGCUGGAAAGGUUCUCAAAGGUCAUUGAGUCUGCCCUCCCUCAUUUUACAGCAAUGGCAACUGAAGCGGGAAAGAAGAGAUUUGUCCAGGAUCUCAUUGAACAGAGGCAAGGCUAGAACUGGGUCUUCUCUGCAGGUGAUUGUUGUCCUUCCUAUUCAAAAAGGAUCAAGAUGUCAAGAUGACGUCAUGAUGUCAGGACCAAUGUACAGUGUGUCCAACUGUGGCUGGUUGGGCCAAUCGGAACACCAGCAGCCCAUAUGAACCUUUGGGAUAAAGCAUCCUGAAUCAACUCCCCAAAGUUGCCCAUUGGUAGCUUGGAAUUUGGCCGGGAGAGUAACUGUCCCCAAGCUCUCUCCACCUCUCUCCACCUCACUCUCCAAAAACACAAAGAAAUUUAAAAACCAAUCUUUGUCUACUGCAUCUUAAAAAUUAUUAUUUGUUUCACCAGCAGGAGAAACAAUGUCAAUUUUGUUCAGAAGGUGGUGAUGUUUUACAAGCCCAAUAAGGAACAGGACCAGUUCCAUACGUUGGGUGGAAUGGAUGAAUGGGCAGCCAUUUUGGCCACUGGAGAGUGGCCCCUGCGAGUGUAGCCAGCUAGGAAGCGAAGCCUCUUCAGCCAUUCCAGGUUCACUUCAUCCCAGGGCUGGAAGUCUCCCCACGCACUUGCUGCCCCCACCAGAUUAUUCCCCCUUAGUUUAACGCCUGUGAUUGCUUGAGUGGCUAGAUGUCUUCUCACCGGACAAAGGUAGCCGGAGGCUGUCCCCUGGCAAAAGCUCUUCCCCUUCAGGUCACUGAAGCCAAAGGCUUCCUCCAGCCUGAGAACCCCAACUGGCAGCAAGUGCAGGGGUCAGAGAAAUCUCUGCCUGCCUGGCUGUCACCCGCCUAAUUGCUGAGUGAGUGAAUGGAGUACUUCUUCAGGAACCCCAGAAAAGAGGGAAAAAAGAUUGGGAGGUGCAAUGAAAAAGCCAUUGAAAAUAGGAUUUCAGCAAGCUUAAGUAGCAAAUGAUGAUAAUCAAGUGUGGUCCGCAACAAUUUGUGUUUUCUAAGAAGUCUUUGGCUUUCUGGACAGACUCUUUCCCUCUAGAAGGGGUGAGGGAAAUAUUGAUUACGGCCAGCUUCUGGGCUAAGCACUUUGCAAAUAUUUCAUUUGAUCCUGUGGGGAAUAGAGACAGCAUGGAAUCUCCUCAGGGAAGGCCAUGUGGCUGGCCAGACAGGAAGAGCAGCAUAGGACCUCCUCCUCCUCCUGCUCUGAUUGGUUAAACCCCAAUCCUUAUUUUGAUUGGCUAAACCCCACUUGAAUAAUAAGAAUCAGGUUUGUAAAUUGCGCAUUCUGAUUGGCUAGCUUUUGAGCUAAGAUUGUAACUCUCAAGGAACCAGCCAGUGAACAGGGAGGGAGGGACUAGCUUUGUUCCAUUCCGGGACCAGGAUAAAAGGAUGUCUGUGAGUCUCCUUGCCGACUGGAACACUUGGAACACUGGCUCACCAGUGCCUGUUCUCUCAACGAUGAAAUAAAAGAGACUGACACACUGA